UGUGUGGUUGGAAGAGUAAACUGGAGCUAAUUUUGAGAGAGAAGUUAGACUAGAAGAGAAACCAAAGAAAACAAAAAAAAAAAAAUCUCCGUCACAUUAUCGUCACCCUAUAGGAAAAUCCCUUCUUCAUUCGUCCGCACCCUAAUCUAACCCUGUUGCCCAAUUCACAGUAGCAGAGACAAAUCUAUUGAAUCAUUCUUCCGUUUUGGGGCUUCACAGAUGUGUGCACCUUCUUCCUUCCACGCGCCACCACUUUUUCAUAAAUGGAAAAUUUGAUUCAAGGAUAUUCCAAUUUUGCUUCAAGGACAAAGUUGGGGAUAACGAAGAUGAUGAUUGGGGCACAAAACAGAUCCCUUCUUAAGGAUGCAGUGGCACUAUGACACCAACAUCAACAUCAACAUCAGAUCAGUAAGAUUUUCUAAAUAAUCUGAGUCUAUCUGAUACCCAAGCACCAAAUGGUGUUUGCCUCCUACAUCUACUAUGACAGCAAAUACUAGUAGUGGAACGACCAUGGUUACCAGUGAUGAAAAUGAAGAACCAAGAAGGCUUGAAGGGAAACAAAAAGCGAUGGCAGUUUGCUUCAUUCUUGGACUUGGGUCCCUAGUCUCUUGGAACAGCAUGCUGACAAUAGGAGAUUAUUAUUACAGUGUCUUCCCUAAAUAUCAUCCUGCAAGGGUACUUACCUUGGUUUAUCAACCAUUUGCAAUUGGAACACUGCUCAUAAUGUCAUACUACGAGUCAAGGAUCAAUACUAGAAUGCGGAAUUUGGCUGGAUUCAUACUUUUCUUUGCAAGUACUUUUGCUGUGCUUAUUUUGGAUCUAGUAACAUCCGGGAAAGGUGGAAUUGGACCCUAUAUUGGUAUAUGUUUGCUAGCUGCUUGUUUUGGAAUAGCAGAUGCUCAUGUUGAAGGUGGCAUGGUAGGAGACCUGUGUUUUAUGUGCCCAGAGUUUAUCCAGUCCUACUUUGCUGGUUUGGCUGCAUCUGGGGCUCUAACUUCUAUUCUGAGAAUACUGACCAAGUUAGCUUUUGAGAAAUCUCAUAAUGGACUUCGCAAGGGAGCUAUCCUGUUCCUUGCGAUCUCCACAUUCAUCGAGUUUGUGUGUAUAUUCCUCUAUGCAAUCUACUUCACCAAAUUGCCCAUAGUGAAACAUUACCGUGCAAAGGCAGCCUCAGAAGGAUCAAAAACUGUUUCAGCUGACCUUGCUGCUGCUGGUAUUCAAACAAUGCCAAACGAUCAAGAAUCACAAGAUAUCAAAGAACAAAUGCGAUUGGGAAACAAACAAUUAUUGCUUGAGAACCUUGAUUAUGCAGCUGAUUUAUUUCUUAUAUACGUACUAACACUGUCAAUCUUCCCGGGAUUCCUGUAUGAAGAUACUGGAUCACACAAAUUAGGAGCAUGGUAUGCAAUUGUUUUGAUUGCAAUGUAUAAUGUGAUGGAUCUGAUAUCAAGAUACAUACCCCUUGUAAAAUGCCUCAAGUUGGAAUCAAGAAAGGGCCUGCUAAUAGCAGUUCUUUCGAGAUUCUUGCUGAUCCCAGCAUUCUACUUUACAGCAAAAUAUGGUGACCAGGGAUGGAUGAUCCUACUCACCUCAUUCUUGGGACUCACCAAUGGCUAUCUCACGGUGUGUGUUCUUACAGUAGCACCAAAAGGUUACAAGGGUCCUGAACAGAAUGCAUUGGGUAAUUUGCUUGUGUUGUUUCUCUUAACCGGCAUAUUUGCUGGGGUUUGUCUUGAUUGGUUGUGGAUCAUAGGUAAAGGUUCAUUCUAGUUUCUAAUGCUCCACCAACUAUACCUCUAUAUUUAGUUGUAUUUUUAUAUUCCUCACUCAGGUUCUCUGGUCUUGUAAGUUUGGAAUCAUCAUAAUUUGUGUUAAUAUAUACGUUAG